GGAUGCUAUGAGGAAAGAGUUACUUUUUGCCAGACCAAAGCCAGAGCGAUCGCGGGUGACACGGUAAUAGCUUGGGUUGCCCGCUGUCGUUGCCGCGGUUUCGAUCGGGUCAAAGUGUGCGCAAGCACGGAAUCGUAGGAUGUCGGUCCCUUCUUCCCGUUCCCCCAUCCGAAUCCUUAAUUUUUGAGCGUUUUCGUCCAACUUCGUCGCUGAUUUAGCUGAUUGAAGGGCUAAUGCCCUCGCGUCCUUAAUCUGUCGAGGUUCUCAUUGGGCGAACAGGAGAGUUCCUUUUCGCCUUUUCCAUCGUUCUUUUUCCGUUGUGUUUCUAGUUUCCAGAGAGAUUCUGAAUCCGCUGGUGGGUUAUCUCCGUGGUGGUGGUCGGAUGGAACCUCGCGUUGGGAACAAGUUCCGCCUCGGUCGCAAGAUCGGGAGCGGCUCCUUCGGGGAGAUCUAUUUAGGUACUAACAUCCAAACCAAUGAGGAAGUCGCGAUUAAACUCGAGAAUGUCAAGACUAAGCAUCCACAGCUGCUUUAUGAAUCAAAACUAUAUAGAAUCCUUCAGGGAGGAACUGGAGUCCCUAAUGUGAGAUGGUUUGGCAUCGAGGGUGAUUAUAAUGUCCUCGUAAUGGAUUUACUAGGACCAAGUCUUGAAGACCUUUUCAACUUUUGCAGUCGUAAACUCUCUUUGAAGACUGUCCUGAUGCUUGCAGAUCAGAUGAUAAAUCGAGUGGAAUUUGUGCAUUCAAAAUCCUUCCUUCACCGAGAUAUCAAACCAGAUAAUUUUAUUAUGGGUCUUGGUAGACGAGCUAAUCAGGUCUAUAUUAUUGAUUUUGGCCUUGCCAAAAAGUAUAGAGACACUUCCACCCAUCAGCAUAUUCCAUACAGAGAGAACAAAAACUUAACUGGGACUGCUAGAUAUGCAAGUGUGAAUACACAUCUUGGCAUAGAACAAAGCAGGAGGGAUGAUUUGGAAUCUCUCGGAUACGUUCUAAUGUACUUCUUAAGAGGAAGUCUACCGUGGCAAGGUCUAAAAGCAGGAACAAAGAAGCAGAAGUAUGAAAGAAUUAGUGAAAAAAAAGUGGCCACGUCAAUUGAGGCUUUGUGCAAGGGAUAUCCUUCGGAAUUGGCAUCGUACUUCCAUUAUUGUCGCUCAUUAAGAUUUGAUGACAAGCCUGAUUAUGGAUAUCUUAAAAAAUUGUUCCGGGACCUUUUCAUCCAUGAAGGUUUUCAGUUUGAUUAUGUAUUUGAUUGGACCAUUUUGAAGUAUCAGCAAUCUCAGAUAGCCGGUGGUCCUCCAUGUGCUGUUGGUCAAAGUGCAGGACAUAGCUCUGGCUUGGCUCCUGCUUUCUUAAAUGAUAGGCAGACAGCAGCUGAUGAAGUUAGAGCAGGUGGUCGGUUGACUGCAGACUCUUCUCGUCCACGACGAACACCACCAGCAGUAAAUGUAGGCAGUGCAUCAAAGCAGAAGGCCCCUAUGGCGAAUGAUCCAUGUGUCAGUAAAGAUGCUAUGGUUUCCAGUUCCACUCCUAUGGGGUGGCCAAAUGGAUCCUCCAGACGGACUCCUGUUGCUGGUGGUCAAGACGUGGCGGGGACUGAUCCAGAUCAGUCUCGCACUCGUGCUGCAGAUGCCAGCCCUGUGACUUACCACAAGGUUUCAAGUGCUCAACGAAGCUCUCCAAUCAUUUCUACAUCAUCUGGAAGGAAACCAUCUACAACCAAGAAUUACGAGGUCGCACUCAGAGGCAUCAAGGGCCUCAAUAUUGAUAGUGUGGAGAAUAACUAGUUAUCACUGCCAGUCUGUGGCAACUUGUAACGAUCCUCUGAAGAAUCCAUAAACGAAACUGGGAGAACACUUUGGCAUGAAGUUUUUCCUGGUUUAUAAUUUGUGACAUGUCUGCACAGUUACGGAGUGCUGAUUUUAGGCGCCCUCCAAAUGAUGAAAGAAACAGCAAGUGAUGCAGCGGAAGAAUUGUGUGAAUUGGCCGAGGAUAUAUGCUGGAGUCGGGACAAGUGCAGCUUGUUGGUCAUUAUGUUAUUACUCAUCUUUGUUAUCUCUAUUAUUUCUAGAAUUUUACAAUGUUUGAUCAUGUACCUAAAUGCGUCACCUUCUGAGAUUGUGUUUUAGAUUUUAUAAUUGUUUCGCUAUAGGUUUAGAUUGAUAUUCGUAGAUAGAUUUUAGAUAAGCUUCAAAGGAGUGAGGGCCUAUAAGUAUUUGUAUUUGUAACGUUGAUCAUUGUUUGAGAUUCUAAGCUUUACAUAAUUUUUGUUUUCUUUCUA